AUUCCGUCUAGCGUCGCCGGGAAUACAUCGAGAGAUAGGUGGUCGCGCCGAGAUGACCUCGAUUGCCAAGACGACGACGACGACGCCGGGCCCGAUGAAGCCCUGCGCGUCGAUCGCGUCCAAGUCCACCAUCGUGCAGCCGUCGGCGACCGCGCUCAAGGAGUUCCGCAAGCGCUGGUCGAUCUUGUCGGAGAGCGAGCGCAUGCAUUGCCUGCGUGGCACGGGCGUUCAGUUCUUCGCCACGGUCGCAGAGCUUGUGCCCUGCCUCGCGUGCCGAAGCGGCGCCGAGAGCCUCUUUCUGCGCGCCACGACGACGCUGCCGCUGCUCUGCGGGUCGCUCAACCCUGGCGGCAUGAACAACACGAGCAUCCAGCUCAACGACUCGGGCGUCGUCCAGUUCCAUACGGACCAAACCUUUGUGUUGCAUCCGACGUACCUCGUACAGGCCGACGCGACGCUCGCGCUCUUUGUCUCGCACGAGACGCAGAAUGUGAUCCAAACGACCGCGAGUACGCACAAGGGCCAAAAAGGCAACAAGCUCGCCAAGCACAAUACGACGCUCAAGGUCAAGACGACGACGUUCAACUACGAGACCACGAUGAAGCUGCACAUGCACACGAAUGGCACGACGUCGUCCUCGAUGAUGACGACGACGACGACGACGCACCACCCGUCGUCGCUGCUGCCGACUGCGCCGCUGCAUCCGGCGAUGGCCGCGAGUGGCGCGCCGCCGUCGCACCAUCCUCUGGGGAUGUUCGGUCCGCCGCCGGCCGGGCUCGACCUCGGCGCGAUGGGCCAUCUCGGCAGUCUCACGCUCGGUCUCAGCAGCUUGAGUCUUGGUCUGGGCAUGAACUUUGCCAAGUCGAGUAAACGUUGUGCGCUCCACUCGGCGAAGCUCAAGUCGCACCCGCGGCCCGGGACGUUUACCAACUUGUGGGAGAAAAUGACGCCCGAGUACCAGAACGAAAUUACGCAAAUCGACUCGGACCAGUUCCUCAACGACCUCGAGUGCUACUUGAGAAGGCACCGGUUUUGCUGCCGCUGCAAGGAAAAGGUCCUCGAGGCGUACGACCUGCUCGUCGGGUCGGGCUGCAGCGAGAGCGACUGCGAAGACUGUGCUGGCUUGCACUGCUACUCGGACGACAAGAGCUCGUCGAACGGGUCGUCGUCGUCGCACGAAGAGCCGACUUCAGUCACGUCCCAUGACGACGCGAGCGCGUUCCUCUUUGACGAGAUUAGCUUUUGCCGCGAUACGAACCAGAUCAUCGUGCCUGCGACGCUCGAAUACCUCCUCCAGCUCAUGGACCGCGCCGACCAAGAAGUCGUGCUGGACCGCCACGCGCGCACGCUCGCAGAGGCCCAAGACGAGGUGCUCACGUGCCUCGGCCUCGUCGUCUGGGACAAGCUGCAGAUGAUGUGGAGCAAGAUCCAGUGCGAAGAGCGGUCGUCGGAACUGCUCUUGUAUUGCGCGAUUGCGACGAUUCGGCACAACUUUGACAUGGCGGUCGAGGCGCUCCACGGCCAAGAAAUCAUGGAGCAGCUCCUCGCCGAGGAAGAGGAGGACUCGCGCCGCGAAGAGCGCAAGAAGGAAAAGCGCAAAGAGAAGAAGAAGAAGAAGAAGGCCGCGACCAAGUCGGCCGCGUCCGACUCGGCGACUCCGAUCGAAGUCGAGCAAACGCCGCCCAAGCCCAAGAAGCCCAAGAAGGUCGUCGCGCCCAAGGCGCCGACAAUGGCGCGAGCCGAGAGUCCGAGCAAGAUGCGGCUGGACGCGGACGCGGAGCGCCAGCUGCUCUCGUCCAUGGGGUGGGAGCACGACCCGGUCGACGAAGCCAACGACGACGCCGAGAGCCUCAUUCCCGAAGACGACAUGCUGUUUUGGAAGCGCAACAAGAGUGACCUCGUGACGCAGCGUAUGGAGCAGCGCCAGAAGCUCCAGGAAAAGUUCAACGCCCUCCUCCAGCGCAGCGGCUCGGUCGUGUAGAUAUUAACACCGCAACACGUUGUAGAGUGUCGUCCAUGAUGGAAACGGACGACGACCAAUGUUGCAACA